GUCGUAACGUUAGACUUGUCGGUAAAUAAGUAACGAUAGCUAGCUCUGACCGGUAUAUUUUACACUUAGUUGCUGUUUUUGUUGAUAUGUAUUGGUGUUACAACUAAAUAAGUUCAUUAAAUAGUAGAACAGGGCCCGGUGAACAACUCUAGUGAAUAAGCUAACGGGAACUCUCACAGCUAACGCUAGCUAGCUGGAUGUUGCUAGCUGUACUCUUACAUUUUGCAUAGAGCAGCUCUCUUUAGCUUAACGCCAUCGUUGGCCCCUGUUUUCACCUGACAUUUAUUCACCGAGACUUGUGCGUGUAAGAGAGCCGUAUGCAUUAAAACACAGCCUGAAUUGCGUGUGGGGUCAGUUUGCCGCCGUCGGCACUGAAAUCUCAGUUCAUGUAAAAUGUCAGCGCAAAAAGACUGCGAGUUUUUGGUGAAAAGAGCCCGGGAGCUGGUGUCUGAUGAUCCGUGUGCGGCCAAAGCCUGGCUCAUCACUGCCAGAACCCUUUACCCUGCAGAUUUCAACAUACAGUAUGAAAUGUACAUCAUUGAGCGGAAUGCAGAGAGGACUGCUUCAGCGGGGAGACUGCUGUAUGACAUGUUUAUAAACUUUCCAGAUCAGCCUAUUGUUUGGCGAGAGAUCAGUGUCAUCACAGCUGCCCUGCGCAGUGACUCUCAGGACAAACAUGCACAGUUUCUGCGAGGGCUUUUUGAGACACUGCCUGGCCGUGUCCAGUGUGAGAUGCUUUUGAAAGCCACAGAGCAGUGUUUCAACACUUUGGAGAAGGCAGAGAUGCUGCUCCUCCUCCUUAAACGCUUUCCAGAGUCUGUGGUCCAACAUGGGGUCAAUCUUGGAGAAACAUUGUUAGAGGCGGAGGCAUCAGAGAACGUGGAGACCCCUGUCAACUGCUUCAGAAAACUUUUUGUGUGUGAUGUCCUUCCCUUGGUCAUAAACAACAUGGAUAUGCGCUUGCCAGCCAGCCUGAUGCAGAAGUACAUGCUGAAAGCCGCUGAAUUCUAUAUCGGCUAUGUUACCCGUGGACCCUCACCAGAUGUACAGAUACAGGGCUCUCAAGAAGGUGGAUCUAUUAAGUCACCCAGUGUGUCCCGUGGCUCACAGCGUUAUGUGAUUGACGGCCUGUCAGAGAAGUCAUCGGUGGUGGCGGAACCUUGGGAGAGGCUGUUAGAUAUCCUCGCUGUGGUUGGAGCACGCUGCGAGUGGCAGGGUGACAAGGGACAGAGGAGUUACGUGGACAUGUUGCAGAGAGUAAAGGAGCUGUGUCACUAUCUUCCUGGUUUGGAAGGAGACACAAGAUCACGCUGCUGCAGCCAAAUUGUCAUCUGUGCUGCACUCGUCCUUUUCCGCAGUGCCUUCCUUUAUGUCUCAUCUGUACAACCUGCACUAUUCCAGGGUGUGAAUGCCUUGACUUCAGGGCCAUGGAUCCUUGUAGAGGAUUUGAGCUCGGUGUAUAACGAUGUGGAGGUGGAAAGAGGAGCCAUGAAACAUGCACAUAAGAAACGCAAAUUGGCUGAUGGGAGAGAGAAGACAAUGAGCUCAGAUGAUGAGGAAGGGUUAGGAAAAGGUCGCGGUCGGCACAUUUUAGUAAACAAAACUGAGAUGCCCAGCUGGCUGGAGACUCUGGACAGCUUUCGCACAGCGAGGGAGAGCUGGGACCUCCUUCAUUCUCAUGAUGGCCUGGAAACUGAGUUCAAGAAGAUCUGUGCUUCUUGGAAGACGGACAGCUGGCUGUGGUUCAGAAUAUUCCUCACCGACAUGAUCAUAUACCAGGGACAGUAUCGUAAGGCCCUCUCCAGCCUGCACCAGAUGGCUGCAGUGCAACAGCCUCAGCCUGGCCAGCAGAGCCCCUCAGGUCAGGCCAGUCUGGAGCACCACAGGGCCCUUAUACAACAGGCCUCCUGCCACUACGCACUGGGAGAGUACAGGAUGGCUUGUGAGAAGCUACUUGAUGUUGUCGGUGGAUUGGUGCCGCCAAACCAAGUACAGACAAAGACUCUAGAGGAUCAGGGUAGAGUCAAGACAAAAACAAGGAAAGGUAAUGACCUGAGGCUGCUUCCCUGCACCAGCAAAGCUGUGUUACCCUUCUGCCUCCAGCUGAUGCUGGCCUGCUUCAAGCUCCGUGCCUUUACAGACAGCCGAGACGACCUGUCCCUCGGUCAUGUGGUGGUGCUCCUGCAGCAUGACUGGCCACAGGGCGAGAUGCUGUUUUUAAAGGCAGUGGAUAAGAUCUGUCAGCAAGGCAGUUUCCAGUAUGAGAAUUUCUUCAAUUAUGUCACCAACAUCGACAUGCUGGAGGAGUUUGCAUACCUGCGCACACCAGAAGGGGGGAGGAUUCAACUGGAGCUGCUACCCAAUCAGGGAAUGCUGAUCAAGAACCCUAGUCCCGCCCUGGGGGUGGAGUUAAAUACCCUUCUGCUACAAGGGGUGCAGACGAUGGACAGACACCACACAGUGACCCGUGGGAUCACCAAAGGAGUGAAGGAAGAUUUCCGUCUGGCUAUGGAGAGGCAGGUGUCGCGCUGUGGAGAGAACCUGUUCAGCGUGCUUCACCGCUUCUGCAUCAACGAGAAAAUCAUAAUCAUCCAGUCUCUCCCUUGACACCUGGCCUGUGACUUUCAAACCUUUUCAUAGUCGAUAUUUUGGGAACAGCUGGACUGACUUUAUGACCCCAUCGGCUGUUUCCCAACACAGGACUCUUUUCUCUCUGUCUUGUCUUUGUCAUCCACCACUGAACUGUAGCAAAAAGAAAAAGUCUCCUUGCCUUAAAAGUGGAUCUCUCUUGUCAGAGAGUUGGAGAGAAUACGGGCUCAUGCAGUUUUCAUGGUAUGUGUGUAGUUUCCUGUGCUUAACCGCUUAUGAGAUGGUUUAAUCAUAUAGUGAGACUUUGUGGGAGUAAAUGUUGAGGAAAAGAAUGAAGUGCAUUUUUUAAAGUCUUUUGUAAAGUUUAUUCUUUUUGUUACAAAUUUCAUCAAGUUGUCAGUUUAUGUUAAUGUUUCUAGUAAAUGUGAUUUAAAAAACA